AUGCUACCCCUAUCGCUGUUAACCGCUGCUCAAAACAAGCCUAUGCUUGUCGAGCUCAAGAACGGCGAAACUCUCAACGGUCAUCUGGUCAACUGUGAUAACUUCAUGAACAUUACACUACGAGAGGUCUAUCAGACAAAUCCAGAUGGAGAUAGAUUCUGGAAGUUGAAGGAAUGUUAUAUUCGAGGGAGCACAAUCAAGUACCUACGGGUACCGGACACGCUUUUAGAUGUUGUCAAGGAAGAGCAGAACAGAGCUCGUGAUAUGAAUCGAUCAGCUAGGGGAGGACACAUGGGCGGAGGUGAGUUGCGGGUCGUGGUGCUCCAAGAGGUGGUCGUGGUGGACGUGGUGGACCUAUGCGAGGAGGAAGAGGGCGCGGCAGAGGCGCUUAAUACAUUUUCAUACUGUUCGUCUGUUUGUUUUCUCUAUACUCUGUCUAUUGCUGUAUAA